AUGGCGGAUCAGGUGGUUUUGUUGGAUUUCUGGCCCAGCCCUUUUGGGAUGAGGGUGAGAAUUGCUCUGGCUGAGAAGGGCGUUCAGUAUGAGUACAAAGAAGAGGACUUGAGGAACAAGAGCCCACUCUUGCUCCAGUCGAACCCGGUUCACAAGAAGAUCCCGGUGCUCAUUCACAAUGGCAAAGCGGUCUCUGAGUCCCUCAUUGCGGUUCAGUACGUUGAUGAGGUUUGGAAGGAUAAGGCUCCUCUGCUGCCUUCUGAUCCUCACCUCCGAGCCCAAGCCAGGUUCUGGGCUGACUACGCUGACAAGAAGAUCCCGGUGCUUAUUCACAAUGGCAAAGCGGUCUCUGAGUCCCUCAUUGCGGUUCAGUACAUUGAUGAGGUUUGGAAGGAUAAGGCUCCUCUGCUGCCUUCUGAUCCUCACCUCCGAGCCCAUGCCAGGUUCUGGGCUGACUACGUUGACAAGAAGAUUUAUGAGAUUGGGAAAAAGGUGUGGACAACUAAAGGAGAAGAACAGGAUGCUGCAAAGAAGGAGUUCCUUGAGUGCAUUAGUGUGCUAGAAGGUGAGCUUGGAGACAAGCCUUACUUUGGGGGUAAGACUUUCGGAUUGGUGGACGUGGCGCUCAUUCCUUUUUAUACCUGGUUUUCUGUCUAUGAGAAGUUUGGCAACUUCAGUGUGGAGGCAGAGCACCCAAAGUUUAUUGUAUGGGCUAAGAGGUGCCUGGAGAAGGAGAGCGUGUCCAAGUCUGUUCCUGACCAGCAAAAGAGGGAAUUCCUUGAGUGCACAAGGUUGUUAGAAGAAGAGCUUGGAGACAAGCCUUACCUUGGGCGUGAGAACCUCGGAUUCGUGGAAGUGGCACUUAUUCCUACCUAUAGCUGGUUUUAUGUGCGCGAGAAAUUUGGAAACUUCAGUGUGGAGGCAAAGCACCCAAAGUUUAUUGCAUGGACAAAGAGGUGCAUGCAGAAGGAGAGUGUGUCCAAGUCUCUUCAUGACCAGAAAAGGGUCUAUGAAUUCGCCCUGCGCCUUCGGAGUAAACUUGGAAUGGAGUAG